AUUUCUCGGUGUGCUAAAUCAAGGUCUCCAUCGAGGGACGCGCGAGUUCGGGUGAGUUCAGGGUCAUGGUGUUGUCGUUGGUAGGGUAUGCCUUUAUCGUAGAACGGAGAAGAGAUGAAAGAGACGAGCGACGAUGUGGAACGUUUCUAACUAUAACACUCGUAGGUCUUUACUUAGUAGCGACCUGCUAAAUUUGCUCAUAGUAUCCACAUUUGAGUUGCAGUGGACUACUUCUCGCCCCGCGGAACCAUGGCGAUGUCCCUUCGGUACCAGAGAAGUCGUAGUAACCACUUGUCCUUUCUCCGCUGCUAUAUCUUCGUCUAUUCCUUUCAUCUUCCUCCUCAUCAUUUCUCACGCAAAAUGUCCAAAAUCAAAGCCCCGCCAACUCCUUCCACCAACAAGGCCACGAUGUCUGACUGGGACGAACUUUUCGAGCAUUCCGGCGACGACGAGCGUAAGCAAGUUCAAGAAAAGAAGGCCGAAAUCAGCGGCGUCGAUCCAGGUCAAAAGCUACGGACCACCUUGUACGAAUUCUUGUACGCCAAAAUCGAAAACCCGCUCAACUCCGACGGCGCCGUCGUGAAACGUAUCUGCGACGCCAUUCCCUUCAGCUUCAGAGACUUCAUGAGGGCCCUACUCAUCGUCAUUGGUGUGCUCUCGACGGUGUGUCAAAGCUGGUUGUGCUACGAACACUUUACACUAAAGUCCGACAUCGUCGUCAAGCCCAAGGUGGCGGAGGCUCUCUCACCUGAAUUUAACUUAUACAAGUUCAUGCGGGCCCACUACGAGCUGAUGGAGUUGUCGACUAUGCAUGACGAAGCAUUCGCGAGCGAGAUGGUCGUCAAGCCCGAGGUGCCGGAGGAUCUCUUCCUGGGAGUGGAAGCAUAUGCCCACAUAGUGCAAAAAGCGAAGAUGAUUGACGAAGCAUCCGCGAACGAGAAUGUCGACGAGCCCGAGGUGCCGGAGGAUCUCUCACUGGAAGCGGAAGCAUAUGCCCACAUAGUGCAAACAGCGAAGAUGAUCGACGAAGCAUCCGCGAAUGAGAACGUCGACGAGCCCGAAGUGCCGGAGGAUCUCUUACGGGGAUGUAACUUAAAAAAGUUAAUGUGGGCCCACCGAUCGAAGAUUUGGAGGACGAAUGACGAAGCAUUCGCGAGCGAGAACGUCGUCAAGCCCAAGGUGCCAGAGAAUCUCUCACCGGGAUUGAAAGCAUACAUCCACGUAGUGCAAAUGGCGAAGAUGAUUGACGAAGCAUCCGCGAACGAGAAGGUCAAUCACGUUACGAUCAAUCCGACUCCCAGUGAUGGAACCUCUUCGACUAGCCGUGCUCCCAUUGCCUCUACUCCAUCACCCCAGCCAGAGAGGCGCGUCAUAGAGUGCCCAACACUCAUGCAAUGCGAUGGCUCCUCUGAAGAGUGCUCAGAAUGCUUCAGCAAUAGGAUCGAAUAUAUCAAGAGGGUUGCGACCUGGUUGAUUGACCGGGUGAACUUCUGACUGGAGGGUCGACGCAGGGAGGACUGAUGAAGGAGAUUUGAUACAGUUGAGCUCUAAUACGGGAGGGCCGCAAAGUACAUUUGAGGACAUGAGUUAGGGGGAGGGAAUUUUCUCAUAGUCGUACUGCCUCUGAAAGU